UCUAGAUUAGACAUUAUAAACUAAACAUCGUGCAUAUAUGUAAAAGUUACAAACAUGACUUUCCAUAACCAUAAAUUUGCCUUAGCAAAUAUUCCCCAUGUCUUCGAGUAAAUGUGUUGGAACAUAAAUAAUGUUGGUGUGAAAAACAAGUUUUAUUGGAAAUUUAGUGGAAUCCAAAUGGUCAUAGCAAUCCCUGUCGAUAAGACGAACAACGAACGAUGAUAUAAACAAGAAAUAUGCCGCCGAAACGACGCAGAAAAGUCCAUGGAUUGUAUUUUCAUUCAUCGCCACCAAAAGUGCUUACAAUGAAUCAGCUUAGACAACAAAAGACACUGGAUAGUGGCACACCGAAAGAUGCCAUUAUCAUAAAACCUUCAAACAUUCGAAUAUGGAUCCAUGACAAAGAUAUUGGAAAAUUGGCUCGCGUGCUUUGGGAAGGUCAAGGAAAUCGACUCCGAACCGAAGUUAGUUCCAACAAUAAAGUUAAGAAAUUCUUAGACGCUGUGCCAUCUAUUAUGAACAUCAUCAAAGACGUGCAUUCGGCAGUAGUAGAUAAUGAUAUCGAAACAUUAGUAGCUAAGACCUCACCACCAGCUCCAGUUAUGUUAUUAACGACCAAAGAUGCAAAUGGAUUAACUCCGCUUCACAAGGCUGCUGGCCUAGCUCAUGCGCGAAUCGUUGAAUAUCUUCUAAAUGCAGCACCAAACUCGGCCACUGAAAUCGACUUCACGGGGAAAACACCAUUACAUUGGGCAGCCAGUGCCAAAAAUAAUCCAAGAUCAUAUAAUCUACUCGUUCAAGCAGGGUGCGACGAGCAAGCUUUGGAUUAUAAAAUGAAAACCCCAGCUCAUUACAAAGCAAAGCCAAAUGACAUAGAUCGGUCGUUGUUGACCGUAAUACCCGAAGCACCAAGAGUUCCACAACAAGGUAUGCCGCCUGGAUACGAUUGGAAUAUGUUAUCGGAAGACGCAUCGUUUCCUCAUCAAAAUAACAAUUUUAUCAGAAAGAGUCAAUCAAACUACGAAAGUUACACCAUCCUUAGCGAUGAUCCUCCACCAAUGUCAAUGAUGAAAAGAAAUCUGUCAACGGAUGAACUGCGAAACGGAAACCUCACACCAACGUCACCGAAACCCACAACCCCAAAGUCUUUUAUUACUAAACAGAGUACUGUAUUUGAUAGUGACACUAUAUCGGAACCACUAACCGCAGAGGAGCAAGCAGUCCUGGUUGCUAUUGAUCCAGUAAAUGAAAGACUCUAUGCACGAACACCUUCCAAUGCAUCACCGGCUAGAGCAGACACACCCAUUCCGGAUUCAAAUGCCAAUGAACCAGACGACCAAAAUGAUGAGAAUGGGCCCAAUAGAAUGACUGAUAUAGAUCUUGAAACUGGUGUAGAUUUACAAAGUACGACUGAAACGGCAGUAGAGGCUAGUGAAGGUGAUGACAUGGUAAAUGGUGGGUAUGAUAAUGAUGCUAACGAAUCAACCGGUGAACAAGAUGCGACAGAUGAUGAACCCAAAGGAAAUGAUGAGGCACUGUUCAUUUAUCAGCGUACGUUCAAUCCGAAUGAAAAGGCUGAAGAAAUGUAUUCGCUCGAAUCGGAAGAUCAAGAUACACUGAAGGAAGACAAUGAAGAGACCGAAAAUGAAAUUGAAGAUGGCGAUAAAAUUGAGCCUGAUGAACUUGGUGAACUCGACAAAGAACCUCCUGAGGGUCAGGACACUGAAGAGACAAUGGCCGCAAAUAACGACGAUGACAAAGUUGAAAAUGAUGAACCUGAUGAGCUUGAUAAAGAAUCCCUUCCAGCUGACACGGAAUUAGAAGAAUUAGAAGAAGAGGAAGAACAUGUGGAGGGACACUCAGAUGACGUACAAUUGGAGGAGGAGGAACAGACGGAAGCUGUAAACAGUGACGAAAAUAAUAAUGAAAAUGAACUCGAUCCGGAACUGAUUGAUGAAGAAUCAGCUAACGAAGAGAUAAAAGCAUUGACUAAUGAUAUGAAAGAGGACGCUAACGAUGAGGAAAAUGGAAGCUAUAAAGAGGUGCAAGGCGAUCAUGAUGAUAAUGAAGAAGACAAAGAGAUUUCACCGAGUCCAGCAAUGCAAAUUGAGGGAGUGGUUACUGGUGAACCAGACGAUGGAGUUGUCCAAUCCGAAGGAGGACAAAUUCCAAUUGACGAUGACGAUGAUGCCGAUGAAAAUAAUGAAAAUGAUGAUGAAACUUUAAUCAAAAAUAUCAUCAACAGUGGUGACAUGGAACAAUUAGCUGCGUUAGUUUUAAACGGUAAAGGAUUGAAAUUAAUAGGACAAACUUCGAGUUCACCGGAGAUCCAAGCAUUUCUUGACAAUGUUUCGGCAUACAUGAACAAAAUUCGGCGAGUACAUUUAGCUGCAAGAGAAGGAAGCCUGAGAGAUUUGCAAUCAGCAUUAGAUCGUCGUAAAUUUGCUGUAGCUAAAGACGAUAUAUCGCCAAAUGGUGCCACUCCUCUACAUGUAGCCACCGUUUUUGGUCAUGCAGGGAUCAUCCGUUAUUUAGCUGGCCGUUUCCCGGAAACUAUGGCUGCAGUUGACGAUAACGGUCGUACCGCAUUACAUUAUGCAGCUACAAUCAACGACAAUGGCCAUUUCUUCAAUUUAUUAUCACAUUUGGGCUCGAAUCCGAAAGCCGAGGACAAAACGGGACAUUCAGCUGAAUUCUACACGAAUCAUGAACAGUCGAGCAGUGUUCUCAAUCAUCGCAUGAUACUGAAAGGAUUUGGCGCUGAAGAACAGUUGGCUGAUGAUAUGCUGAGUGAUCAAGUUCCCGACGAUUUACAUAGCGCUCGCCGACCACUAGACGAUGCUGAUACACUGUCGACGCUGGAACGAUGCUUUCGCUUAAUUCAUUCGCCCGGCAAACCGUUGCACGCUCUAGAAUUACCCUCAAACAGUGUUCCGGGCAGUGCGUCAUCAUUGCGCACAUCGAUUACAACGUAUUUAGCACGCUUUCUGAAGCGCAGUGUUUUCGAUAAAAUAAAAAUGCGCCAAAGUCGCAUGGACCACAAUUUAUUCGAUCUUAUUUGGCCGGCUAUGAAGAAGAAAGAACGAAAGGUGGACGAGGAUUUAAAUGCCGGUGUUGUAAUACCGGAUUUUGAUGUGUUUGUCGUGUUUCAAGAGUUUUUAGUUCCGCUGAUUAAAGACAUACAUUGCAUUGACGCUAACGGAGACUUUAAACCGCAUCCGAAAAUCGAUUACUUUGAAUUCGCAAACGACGGUAACUCUGUCAACAAGGAAGACAUGCGGGAAAUAAAUUUCAAUUUGGACGAAUCAUCUCGCUGGAUUACUGAUGCAUUGGUGGAGUGUUCACGGAAUUUGGAAAUGUAUGAGCUGCCGCUAAAUUUAAAUGCUGGACAAUUGGAAGAUGUGGAACAGAUCAUCACAUCCAAAAUUAUUACGCCUCAAUUUACGAAAGAAAUUGGUGAGACUGAAAUCGGAACGUACUACACGAUGAACGAAAUUCUAGAGAGUCAAUCGGAAAUUCGAACUGUUUUGGCUACAAAUGGCCUUCUAAUAGCACUGCUAGAUAUCAAUGAUCCAUAUCAGUUACCCGAAUCGAAUGCAUUGAAUGGACAGCAUUAUCCAUACGGCCGUGGUGUUUACGUGACUCAACGUGGUGAUAUGGCAAUAUGGAUUAAUGCUCAAGAUCAUCUACGAGUGUUGUGUUGUACGGAUACACAUAAACCGGCUAAUAUUGGCCUGGCUUAUUCGAAAGUUGGACGCGCAAUGACCUACCUGGAAGAAGUAUUACGCUUCCGUCACAGUUACUUUCUCGGCUAUUUAUCGUCACGGCCUAGCUUCCUAGGCACAUCUCUCCGAAUAACUUUAACGCUUCAUCUGCCGCAUCUGGCGAAGGAGAAAGAAAACUUGCGCCAACUUUGUACGGUUCGUAGCAUUCAUAUGAUAACAUUGGAGCAUACCAAUGAAAUUAAGGCGUGCAAUAUGCAAAGUAUUGGUUUGACUGAAUGGCAUCUGUUCCAAGACUAUUGUACGGCCGUUGCGAAUAUUAUCGGAUUGGAGAAAGAUUUGUCGAUGGUGAAUACUAAGCAGAUAGCAGCCAUGUUGGUCAGCAUAUUUCGGAAGAAAAAGAAUAGUUUAGUGUCGGCGUGAAAAGUGAAUUGAAUUUUUAUUUCGUUUAACUUUUUCAUUAUUGAAACCACCACCGUGAUAAAGUAUUAAACGUUUUUUUUUUCGUAAAAAAUAAUCCCUGGAAUCAUCCGCGUAAGUUAACAUAAUACAAUUACCACAAACACUGGACCACAGAAAUCAUCUGACUCAAAAAUAUUUAAAAAAUGA